AUGGCCCUUGUCGACAAUCCCAUCCCUCCUGUGCAUGCGAACGGGCUGCAGCGCAUACGAGAAAGCUGGAAAAAGCCAUCCGAUUCCGUUACAGCGCUAUCCCCAUGGCCCAAGGACUUUAGCCAGGGCAUCACACCCGCCCGGUGUCAUUCACAUAACGACUACUGGCGCAAAGUCCCACUGUUUGAUGCGCUCACCGCUGGUUGUGUGGGCGUAGAGGCAGAUGUAUGGCUAGAUAAAACGUCCAAUGACCUACUGGUAGGCCACCGAACCUCGUCCUUAUCGGCCGAACGCACUCUACAGUCUCUAUAUAUCAAACCCCUGACCAUAAUCCUUACCCGGAUAAAUCAGGGCGUCAACUAUCCCGCCCCCAGGUCCGGAGUUUUCGAGACCCUUCCCAAUGCCAGCUUGACACUCCUGAUUGAUGUCAAGACCGACGGGCAUACUACCUGGCCCGUGGUGAUGGAUCAACUAGCCCCCCUGCGUGCCGGUGGCUGGUUAUCAUAUUGGAAUAAGACCGGCGAUGGGCUGGCCUGGCGGCCGAUCAUAGUAGUGGGCACUGGGAAUACCCCAUUUGAGCUGGUCAAUGCCGGCGCCGAAUACCGGGACGUCUUCUUCGAUGCCCCACUGGGUCAACUUGCAGACAACGCCAGCUUCACCGCCAACAACUCAUACUACGCAAGCGCAUCGUUAAGGAAAGCUGCCGGGACCUUCUGGCCCUGGGGACCAAGCAGACGUCAGAAAGAGACCAUGAAGCGGAUGAUCGAUACGGCCGCGGCAAGGGGAUUGGUGUCGCGAUUCUGGGAUAUACCCGGGUGGCCGGUGAAUCGACGAACGAAGCCCUGGCGAUUCUUGAUCGAGAGUGGGAUUGGAAUACUGAAUGUGGAUGAGUUGUUCGAAGCGAGGCAAUGGAUUCGGGAUUGGUGCACUGUUGCAGGGAGGCCAUGGAUCUUCCCAUAUGUUCCUAACGGUAGUCCGCCCGCCCGCAUUUGUGUCAGCAGCAGCCUCGGUACAAAGAGCACGGAGAUCGGCUCUGCCAUAGCCCUUCGUUAUCUCGGCCAGUUCGUCCUUGAUGUGAUCAGGGAGAGGUGGAUCCCAACCUUUGAUGCUGAUGAAGCUCCUUCAGAAGAACACAGGAGCAACCGCACAAUCAUCACCUCCGAAUCACGCGGUCUGAUCCGCUGCAAGGAACAACAGGCUUCGCACCUGGGAAGCUGCCCUGCAUCUCGGCUCGUUUCUCAGCACGCCCGCCGGGCAGGCUCUCGUGCGCGGGAACCAGGUCAUCGAGCUCGGCGCCGGCACGGGCUUCUAUCCAUGUUCUGCGCCAAACAUCUCGGCGUGCAGAGCGUGGUCGCCACGGACCGCGAGCCGGCCCUCAUCGAGAAUAUCCACGGUUGUAUGCGGCGGAAUGAGCUUGACCCUGCUGUCUUUCAUCCUGCGAUUUGGGAGUGGGGGACACCCUUGUCUUUGACUCAGUCUAAGCCGAAGGGCGACGCCGCAGAGAGUGCCGCGGUGUCAGGCAACGGUGAUCUGGCCUUUGACGUUGCACUCGGUGCUGACCUGGUGAGUGUACAUGAUCGUCCUCUGGCCCGUGGCCUGGAAUCGGAAAUUUCUAUUGAUGUCCUUACUGUGAAUCAAUCUUUUUUUCCAACUUCGACCAGCCAUACCGCCGAACUCGAAGCAUUACCCCCUAAUCCAUUUCUAGAUCAACAGCAUCCUCGUCGAGUAAUGGUACAAAACGAAAGUCCACGAAAGUCACGGUCCCCCCAGUUCUCUCCUAGAACCUCGACUGCAGUCAGCCACCACAACUACGACCCAGACCGCUCCUUCCCGCACAGUCGCGGGGCCUCGGAAGCGUACUUCAAAUAUGCCGUUCUCUUCUUUGCGGCAUCAAUCAUCACAUGGGUUCCUUCGUCUGCCAACCGGGUUUAUGCGCUUGCCGCUUCCAAUCACUAUGUCUUCGGCUUGAGCUGCGCCUCGAGCUUUGCUCUUCCUUUGCAGGGAUUCUGGAAUAGCCUUGUCUACAUUACCGUGUCGUGGCAGGCUAUUUUGACAUGGUUUCGACAUGUUGGUGCGCAGGCGCGGCGCACGUCGAGUGCCACGCUUGGAUCUUUGUUUUCCUUGCGUCUGUUGAGUCGGGGUUGGCUGUGA